AGCCAGCAGCUAGCCGCUAAGCUAGUGCCCAUUAUAGGCUGGAAAGAUCUAACAGACGACUAUUCAGAGGCAGUUUAAUCGGCGAAACUGACUCGGCGCACUUUUGCUGACAGCCUGACACAGCACAGUUCCCAUUGAUCUCUUUUUUUCCCUUUUUUUUUUUUUUUUUUAACAAACCAAUCUUACUCAACUGGGCUCUCUUUGCCAGCAAAAUCGCUACUGUGGUUCUGAUGUCAUUUCAUCCCAAUACACACUCGUGUUUCUCGGGAAGAAUAUACAGUCUGCUGCUCUGCACAGUUCAAAUUCAAGUUAAAAAAAUUUUUCAUUUUCUAAAUGUGAAAACCAUUUGGUCGUUCGUGAUGAAGUGAAAUGUGUUAUUUUGUCUUAUGUUUUCAUAAUUAUUCGUGAACAAAGAGAAUUUUUUUAUACGAAUACUGGUACUGUACUAGUUUUAAAUCAUGUAGUUAGGUACAAUUUUUAUUUAAUUUUUGAGUGCAAAAACAUGCACAGCCACACAGCCACACCAAAAUCCGCCGCUGUACGCUAUAAUUCUUGAUCCUUGAUGGACUUUGUACAACCAGGCCGGAAGGGCAACAUUUCUACAUCAAACACAACAUUUUUCAUCAUAAUUUUCUCUCCAACAUCAUUUGGGUUUCUUUGUACCUGAUUUAUUUGAUCACGGAACACCCGCAAGGGAACACAAAACUUCCCUUCUCGUCUCUUUGCCUGUCUCACUUCCUCCAUCCUCAUCAUUUGACUCACUUUUGAUUGACACACUCAACAGCAUGGCCCUCUCACACAGCCUCAUCGUAUGCUAUGUCUUCUGCACAGUUAAGCUCCAGCCUGCACAGUUUAUCGCCAAUUCAGGCAACAUGAAUGGAAAAGGCACUCUACCUGCUCUGCAGCUGACAGCCACACCGGACUACCCGGUGGCAGUGGGUCAGAAGGAGGAAGAGAGGUGGCAGGAAGUGGCCAAGGGGCGCACUCUCAUCCUGAGCGAGCCGCGGGAGAGCGGGCUGUACCGCUGCUUCGCUCAAAGAAAUCUCACUGAGAGUGUCAGUCCCAGCCAUGCGGUCUUGAUCAUCUCCAUUCAUGCAAUAGCGAAUGUAGGAAUAACUGCCUUGGUUCUCUCUCUUCUCGCCUUGAUCAUGAAUAUCGCCGUCAUGUUUUGGCUCGGGUGGCAAAGACUUAGAGGCGAGGAGAGUCCUGCCAACAUGGAAACUAAAGGUUUUCCGAAAGCUGAAAAGAAGGACCCAAAGGGGGGUCCUGGUCCUCCCCAGGCCGAGAACGAGGGGCACGUGUACAUGAAUUACUCAAGCACGAACCUAACCUACACAGAACUGGAUCCCACGGGCGGGACUGAGAACAACACGUACUCGGUUCUGCCAUGA